AUGGGAGGCCUGAAGGACAAGGGGAUGCCGGGCAGAGGCGGCCACCUUCCGGGGGUGCAGCAGGUCUCGGCCUGGGUCAAGGAGAUGGCGCACCUGACAGAAUGCGCGGUGGCCUUCCAGCCGGGGAAGCCCCCCUCCUACGCCUUCCCGCCCAGCUGCGUCGACUCCUGCGCAGACGUGCUCACCGUCGCCGCCGCCCUUGCCCUGCUGCCCUCGGCCGCCGGCGCCGAGCUGCUGCCCGAGGGGUGGCGCGAGCUGGCGCGGCGCGCGGCGACCGCCAUCGCGCCAGGUGGCGGCGAGCAGGCGGCCGCCGAGCUGGCAGCGGUGCAGCGGGAGGUGCACCAAUAUGUGGCUGCACGCCUGCGCGACUGGCAGCCCGCCGAUGCCCGCGGCGGCGUGGAGGCACUGCUGUCUGUGCUGUGCACUGACCCCCACAGCGGGCAGGCGCUGCCUCCGUACCGCCUGACCACCCAGUCGUACCGCGUGGAACUGCGGGGCGCGGACGUCACCGCCACCGACGCCGUGCUGGGCAGCAACGGCAAGCGCUUCGACCUGCAGAAGUGCCUGUGGGGCUGCGCCGCGCUUUACGGCGGCGCGGACGACCCGGCCAGCCCGCCAGCCGCGGGCGCGCCGGGCGCGCCGGGCGUGCUGCCAAAGUGGCUGGUGCGCGAAGAGCACCGCGCCCACUUCACCCUGCCCGGCGCCGCCUCGCUGUCGUCGGUGAACGAGGCGCGGUGCGGGCCCGACCUGGAGGGCUGCGCCAGCCUGAGCCUGAAGGACGGCGGCAGCCGCCAGCUGGCGGCCUACGACCUGCGCGUGGUGCUGGCCACUGACCGCCACCGCCACCACAUCGCGUUCUUCCGAGUGCCCCCAGACGGCGGCCCCCAGGCGGCGGCGCCCCCAGGCUGGUGCAGCUACGGCAUCUACGCCGACGGCCGGCUGUCAGCUGCGGGCGGGGUGCGGCCUUACCCAGACCUGCUGGAUGGACACCUGGAUGACGACCCUUCCAACAUCACCUGCCUCAUGUUUGAGCAGCGAGAGGCCCAGGCGGGGGAGGCUGCGCUGGCUGACCUGUCGCUGAACGACGGGCCGGAGGCGGCGAGCGUGGGGGCUGCAUCAGCGGCGCUGCUGUCUGGCUUUGUGGCGGGGCUGGAGGGCUCGCGGCUGAGGCGGUACGCUGACGAGGCUGGGCUGGAUGGCGGCGGCGGGAGGCGCCAGCUUGAGUCACGCGUGCUCCCACGUCUGCGGGGCGAGGUGCAGGGCUGGCUGGCGGCGCUGGCCGACGCGCCUCGCCAGGAGCUGCAGGCCCGGUGCAGGGCGGCGGGGCUGGAGGGGGAGGGCUCGGCUGGAGAGCUGGCUCUGCGCCUGGUGGUGCCCCAGCUGCAGCAGCGCUUCGGCCUGAUCUGA